AGAAGCGAGAAGCCAGCGUCAGCAGUCAGCUGAUCAGCCAGUAGCAGACGUGUUCACAGCUGACUUCAUGGUCAUUGACUGAAGACUGAAUUAAUUUCAGGUUAUAUUUAUGUUUUCUACCUACAAACAGUAUCCUUUUUUUAUUGUGAUAUUUUGUUAUCUUUCUUAUAUUUAUGCUACAAGAUUACAAAAUUCAAUAAAAAUUCAGCUAUGAUAUUUAAUAAGUAAGGUGAUCAACGCUUUUAUGAAAAUGUCAGAACAAAAUAACUACCUUAUUUCUCAACAUCGCCAACUCAUAGUCAACAGUAAUCUGUCAAUAAAAGCAAUUGUUCAGGACAUUUAUGAAUGCAGUGGUCCACUGGAAGUGCUGUACGAAUUGAAUAAUGAAGGCAGAGCCAAGUUUGCAGUUUUGAAGAAGCAGGUGGAUGAGAUGGAGGUGCUCGCUCAGGAGAGCACUAGUGACGACCGAGCCGAAAUGCUCGAUGAAGUCAAAAACCACAGAGAACAGUAUUCUAGUACUCUAGCCGCGUUCCGUAAGGCAAAUGUAUCAUGUAUGUUGAGGAUUGAAAAAUCUAAUAAAGAAGAACUGUUGAAAGCAACCAAUGAAGACGGCAGUGUGCGGCAAAGGCAGAAAAAAGACAAAUCGGGAAUAGUGAAGAUGUCCUCGAAUGUAACUGAACAGUUGCGAUCUAUCAGCAGGCAUUUAGCAGAAACAACUCAAAGAAGCUGCGACACAUUGGAAACGUUAGCGAACUCAUCUUCGAACGUAACAGCUGCUCAGGAGGAACUGCAGUCCACAGGAAGUGUCAUUCAGCACUCUCACAAACUGCUAGACAAAUAUGGUCGAAGGGAGUUUUCUGAUAAAAUUAUCUUGAUAUUCGCGUUCUUGUUCUUCUUAGGCUGUGUGGGAUACAUUAUUCUCAAAAGGACAUUUUAAAAACAUUCCAUUACGGUACUGUGUUUUUAUUGUUUAAAAAUGUAUUACCUUAUCUAUAUUACGCAGAAAAAAUGUGUAAAUGUGUAAAUGUGUAAUUUAUAAUAUAUAAAUGAGUUGAAAUAUAUUACUUCAUGCCGUUAUUUUCUAUUCAAGUAAUCGACGAAACGCAAAAUAAAUUUUACAACUUUGAUUUGAUAUAGUAGCUAUGUUGUAAGUUCACUCAUUAAUUAUUAAAAAAACUAAAAAUUAGUCUCAUGUCUAAAGACUUCAUUUUGAAAUAUCGACAAAACUAGAUUGUAUAAUUUUUUCAUUGCAGAUGAUGCCUACAAAAACAUACGUGCGUGAUGUAAUGUAAUAAUAGCAAAAAGAUAGUAUGUAGCAAAAUGAAAUAUAGCAAAAUGAUAGUAUGUUAAUUUUUAAAUGCUUUUCAACACAAGGGAUUGUUGUAUUUAAAAAUUAAAAGGAAAUUCUAACUAGCUCAAAUGUGUGUGAAAGAUAAUCUAUUCGGAUUUAUAGUUUAUUAUCUUUCCAUGAUGUUGAAUAAAGUUUAUUUAAUAUUUAGGAA